GUGUGUGUGUGUGUGUGUGUGUGUGUGUGUGUGUGAGAGAGAGAGAGACAGGCAGUGUGUGAGAGAGGGGGAGAGAUGCUGUGUGUGUGAGAGAGAGACAGGCAGUGUGUGAGAGAGGGGGAGAGAUUGUGUGUGUGUGUGUGUGUGUGUGUGAGAGAGAGAGAGACAGGCAGUGUGUGAGAGAGGGGGAGAGAUGCUGUGUGUGUGAGAGAGAGACAGGCAGUGUGUGAGAGAGGGGGAGAGAUGCUGUGUGUGUGUGAGAGAGAGAGAGAGAGACAGGCAGUGUGUGAGAGAGGGGGAGAGAUGCUGUGUGUGUGAGAGAGAGAGACAGGCAGUGUGUGAGAGAGGGGGAGAGAUGCUGUGUGUGUGUGAGAGAGAGACACAGGCAGUGUGUGAGAGAGGGGGAGAGAUGCUGUGUGUGUGUGUGAGAGAGAGACAGGCAGUGUGUGAGAGAGGGGGAGAGAUGGUGUGUGUGUGUGUGUGUGUGUGUGUGUGUGUGUGUGUGUGAGUGUGAGAGAGAGAGAGAGAGAGAGACAGGCAGUGUGUGAGAGAGGGGGAGAGAUGCUGUGUGUGAGAGACAGUCAGUGAGAGGGAAGUAACUGUCAGGGUGGGAGGGAAGGAGGUAGGGGAGCCCGCGCGCCUUGGGCCACCCAGCAGCAGAGCUGAGGAGAGGCGGAAUCCAGAAGUGAGUGUCAGCUCUGCUGCUGCAGAAGAUGUUCACGCGGGCUGUGGUCAGGCUGAGCAGGAAGAGACCUCCAUCAGAAUAUCAUGUCAGUGAUGGGUUACAUGGCCAAGACCAAAACCUUAAAGGAUCUCAAAAGUGGGCCACCUCUCUGGACAACCUGUUAGCAGAUCCAGAGGGAGUCGCAGAGUUUACGGACUUCCUGAAGAGAGAGUUCAGUGAGGAGAACCUGCUCUUCUGGCUGGCCUGUGAGGACUUCAAGAAGACAGAAGACCUGGAAAAGAUGAAGAAAAAGGCCAAAGACAUCUACACAAGGUUCCUCUCCAGCAAAGCAUCUUCUCCGGUCAAUGUGGAGGGUCAGUCACGAAUUGGGGAGCAGAUGUUGAAACAGUUUCAUCCUCUGAUGUUUGAGAAAUUGCAGGAACAGAUCUUUAACCUGAUGAAAUAUGACAGCUACGGCCGCUUCCUGAAGUCAGAGAAAUUUCAAAAGCUCAAAACUGCUGAGGACGACGAGAGCUCGGCCCCAAGGGCUGGCGAGUCAGCGCCAAAGAGAGCGUCUAUAGUCUACAACACGUGACAGCGCCACCCCAGGGAAAGGAGUGUGAGGAGAACAUUGGGGCAUCACAAGACUGCGGCUUCUGGGUGGGCAGACGGGAGGCGCCCGGGGCCACUGUCCGCCAUCAUUAAUAAUGCUCAAUGUUUCCACGCACAAGCCCAUGGACUGAAGCAGACUCCACCAACGGCGCCCUGAGUUAUUCGCUUAUUACCUAUCAGCGGCAGUACGGAACUUUAUCCAGAAUGUUUUUUUCCAGUAGUCCUGUAUAAUAUUACUGCGCUUCCGGCAGCGGCCCCUCCAUGCACAAACUGCGACCAUUUCUGAUUGCUAGUGGAAUUGAAAAAUGCGAUUAAAAGUCAAAAAAAGCCUAAA